UCCCCGUGCUUUAGGGUUUCUCUUAGCGGGAAUCGGCGACUGCAGCAUCUGAGAGAAGAGGAGGCGAGGAAGGGAGCGAUUCGAUUCCAGCCAUGGCGGGCGACGAAGGAACCCCACAAACCCCUGCUCGACGAGUCACCAGAUCCUCCUCCGCCACACCCUUAAAACCCUCGCUCGUCACCCCGAAUCUACUACCACCGCCAACGCAUCCUCCUCCUCUGGAAUCACUCUGUACGGAGCCCAUGUCUGCGGACGAUCUAUUGGCCCUUCUCCCGGGCCGAAAAUCCCAAAUCCUCGAGGUCUUGCGCGUGAUCGGGCCCCCAAACUCCCCGAUGCUCCCGGUCCUCCUGUACGGCGGUCCUUCGACUGGCAAGACCAUCACGAUUCUCCACGUGUUCCGGCUUUUGCGCCGGCGUUUUGUGUACGCCAGCUGCCGAUCCUGUUACAGCCCUCGGAUCUUGUUCGAGACCGUGUUGAACCAGUUGCUGUGCCAUAGGAGGAGUCGGGAGAAUGGGUAUUCCAGUGCCAAGCGCUGCGAGAGGGCGUCCGAUUUCGUGAAUCUUCUCAGAGAUGCUCUGACCCGGGCGAUAACUGCUCCCAGAGAUGAAAAGAAGAAAUCUUGCUCCAAGGAGGGUCACGGCGAUGGAAUUGGUGAGAUGAUUUAUCUGGUAUUCGACAAUGUGGAGCUUAUCAGGUCGUGGGACAAGGGAUCUGAAAUCCUCUCGUUGCUGUUCAGAAUGGCCGACGUGUUGAAGACUCCUGCAGUCGGUCUGAUUUAUAUAAGUAGGGCAAUGCCUGAUGCUUAUUACUCGAUGACUGGAUCAGUGGAGCCAAUUAGCAUUUACUUCCCUGAUUACACUGUCGAUGAUCUCCAUACCAUAUUCAUGAGAAACCAAGUCAAUCAGAAGUUAUAUUCUUCUUUCUUAAGCAUAGUUUUGAAGCCAUUUUCCAGAGUUACUAAACGUGUUGAUGAGCUAGCAACUGCGUUCGACCCAUUGUUUAAGAAAUAUUGUGAACCACUAACUGAUGUGAGCCUGGUUCCCGAUGAGGCCAUGAAGCGAAAGUUAUUUGAUCACCUGCAGCCACACUUGACAGCUUCACUGAAUGAGAUAUUCACGGUUACUCCUUGGUCACUUGUUGAAGUUGCCAAGGAGCGUACUUCCAAGAGGGGACAUAUAAGGAAACUAUAUGGGAAGGAGGUUUUCAGUGAGUUGGAUAUUCAUAUGUCAACCUCUACUAAAUACCUCCUCAUUUCUGCAUUUCUUGCUUCGAGGAACCCAGCUACUCUUGAUGCAGCACUGUUUGACUCUACUGGAGGUUCCAAUAAUCGUAAGCGAAAGAGGAAGAGCACACAUACGUCCUUGGACCAACAAGAGGAUAUGGCAGAAGAAGUUCUCAUGAAGGGACCUGGAACCUUUCCUUUAGAGAGGUUGUUGGCUAUAUUUCAGUGUAUCACAUCAGUGAUGGAUUGUUCCGUUGAGGAAGAUCAGUUCGAAGAUGGAGUGCUGACAGAAGGUUCAAAUGUCUGGCUAAUGUCUGAUGCUCUAUUGCAGUUGUCUACUCUAUGCAAUGCCAAUUUUAUAUGUAAAAGUGGCAACUUCCAGUUAGAAGGUUCAACACGUUAUCGAUCUAUGAUAGACGAAGAUAUGGCCUUGAAGGUGGCAAGGAGUAUAAACUUUCCACUGUCGAAGUACAUAUAUAGAAGAUAGGUUUCCCAUUUGCCAUCAUGGUUUUGGCGGCCUCAAAUGUAAUAUUAUAUAUAAGAAUUGGGACCUGAUCAGUUAAAAAUGCAGAGGCAAGCAUCAUAUGCAUAACUCCUCUUUUUGUUUCUUAUUUUUAUUUUAGCUUUCAUGUGAACGUGAAAUUUAUUUCAUUUCCAGUUACAGGUAAUAAUUGGACAAAUGGUAGCCAGCUUCUGAAGCUAGAGAAAUGAGUCAUCUUUCAAGGGCUUCAUUACUUUACAUGUCAUAGUUACACCCAUAGUAUGUGUCAUAUGCACCUCUGACUGAUAAUUUGUCGAAGCAGGAUUGAUGACUUAAUGAAGGAUUACACACAAUUCAUUAAUUGGGAGUUGCAUAAGUAGUUGCUAUGCAUGCUGAAUAGAAUUGUGUAAUUGUUAUAUAUUGGUUGCAGUUGAUCUUGUCAAUUCAAACAUUUUUAUGGAUUUUAGUAUGCUCUGCUUUAUGUACUGGAUAUGAUGCACUGAAGGAUCUUUGUUGUGAAUAUAAUCAUGUACAGAAGAUCUUAUGCAAGCAUUUGUAUUAUCCAUCUAACAAAACUGUAUCUAUCUUUGCUAUUUUUCUGUUCAUAGAAAUUGUCUUUUUCUUGUUUAAACUUGAUGGUUCUGGAGAAAAAUUUUCUGACAUACACUUUGAGCUCAAUCUUGAAUAUAUAUUUCAGCCAGAUAAGCAAGUACAUUAGAAACCCAGAAUUUCCCUUUGAAAUGACUUGAUGGAUGUGAAUAGCUGAUCUGGUGAUAAUUUUCUUGGUCUCCAUCUCUGCAUAAGGUGAAGUGCUUGCCAAGACCAAAGGUUCCUCCAGAAAGAAGAUUGUCGUAUUUCUAUUUGUGGAAUUUGAAUUGAUUCCUAAAGCUUCUGAGCGUUAAAGUGAUUACUAAAGCUUAACUUGCUGCGGCUUCACAUAGAUCAAGACAGGUUCAUGUAGAACGAGAGGAACCAAGAUGAUGUGCAAUUCAUUCUAUUAAUCUCUUUGCGGUAUCUUUCCUCCAUCCAUAGUACCAGUGCAAUUACUUACUCUAUAAGCUCGAUUCAGGCACAAGUUUACCAGCAUGGUUCCUGAUUUCAAAGUCAUGAUACAUCAAUGGAGAAUCUAGUGUCCAAACUUCUGCGAGAAAUUUCAUCUUCACAUCAUUAAGACCUGAUGGGGAUGGCAUUUGGAGCUCCAGGGAUGGAAUUUGAUACGAUGUGCCAUAAUGGCCCUUGUGAUGGAUGUCUUAUUAACUACAAAUUGUGGAGUUUGAAGCUGGAGAACCCCAUUAAACCAUUCAACAACACAUCGAAGUACAGGUUUCAUCUGACUAAAGCAUGCUAAUCAGGUAUGACAAGAAACUAGCAGUAUGUUAAGUUUUAGUUCAGUGGUACCAAAUUAGUCCUUUCAUCUGCACUUCCGAAAAACCAUGCUAUCUUAUUCUUCUGGUUAUCUUGCCAACAUCCUUGACAUUUAUUAAUUGGUCUUGCCAUUUUCCUGAGCCCUGCCAUUCAAGCGCUUGUUUAUUUUCAUAAUCCUCCUUUUUUACACAGACAUUGAUGAGCAAGAAUUUUCAAUCCAUGUAGACGUUUAUGUGAUCUGUUGAAGCCCUGUGAAUAGAUUGAUGCAUCUCAAUCUUCAUAUGCUGCUGUUGCAAGGCUUUAAAUAAUUUGCAUACUCAUACUCAUCUGUUGGCCUGAUCUCGUAAAAUAGAUGCAUAAAAAGGUUAUGGGAAUAAUC